AUGCCCCGUGUGCCAACCCUCCGCCAGAGCCGAAUCCAACGCCGACCCAAACUCUUGGCCAACGAUGACUUUCUCAACAACAAUAGGGGCUCUCGCAAAUCACACGCUACAUUGGAGCCGGUCGAUUCGAAAGUCGACCGCGAAGAGAUCAGAUCGGUCUUGGUCAGACAUUGGACUGGACUAGACCGGGCACGGCUUCACACUUUCCACUUAUGGCUCUUAUUUUAUGCACUGGCUCAGAUAUUCCUAUUCCAUUACUUGUGUCAUCGGGUAGGUAUUAUACAACGUAGUAGAUGAGUCGUAUUUUACAAUUUUAUCUUUAAUUUAAACCUUUAUAAAUUGGUAAUUUUAGGUCUGGUCCAUCAUAUACUUUGUAUUUUGCCUUAUCUUUCCAGUAUUUAUAUUAGUUAGUUUUGCCUUGAUCAGGUACGGCGAUGAAGUAGAUGCUACAAACAAUAGAAACUCACCAGAGUUACAGCAAAGUAGAUUCACGUUAGUUACAUUGUCCAUGAUUUCGUCCGUGGCAUUACCUGUGUUUUUAUGGCUAACUCAUUUGCCGUUGAUUUCCGAGGUAAUAACUGUUAAAAAAAAUUAAAUUUUUAUUACCAUUUUUGUAUUUUAUUAAUUACUUCAUCUUGCAUUAAAACGUGUUCAUUUUAGCUACAAAUCAAGCAAGAACGAGUAGCCGAGCUUUCCUCGUUAUGUUCGUCGCUAGCCAUUUCAACCUUCUACCAGUUCUUCGUUCUUCCUCGACAUCGUCGUAUCUUCCUCUCAAUAUCCAUCCUGUUCAACUUUGCCAAUAUCUUUCUUGUAGCUUUAGUACUAUACGAGUAUUCAUCUAAAAUUGCCUUAAGGGAAUCUCCACUAUACACGGUCAUUCCAUUGUUUUGUUAUCAGAUGGCCGUGACAUUCGCUGGCAUGGUAUGUGAAGCUAACGGAGCCUACAGUCGAGCUACAAUAGCGCAGAAGCUCGGCGACGCUGUGAAACGAAGAACAGAAUUGGAAACGUUGAAAAGUCGACAAGAUCAGCUCUUGUUGAGUGUUAUACCAGCUUAUUUGACGGAUAAAGUAGGUAUCAAUCACAAAAUCAGUAAAUAAUAUUAACCUUAACGUUGAUUAUAGUUUGUUUGAAUAUUAAAAGAUUAUUACUUACCUCCGGCCCUAUAAUAACAAUGUUGUUUUAGGUGAGCCAGUCCAUAAUAGCAACAAGCCAAACAGAUUUGGCCAAAAUGCCAACAAAACAUCACAAAUUGUUUCACGAAUUGCACGUACAAGUCCACGACAAUGUUAGUAUUUUGUUUGCAGAUAUUGUCAACUUUACUGUGCUCGCGGGUCAAUUGAGCGCCAAAGAUUUGGUUAGGACUUUGAAUGAAUUAUACAGCAAAUUCGAUGAAGACGCUCAAGUAAGUCUGAAAAACAACAAAGAAUAUGUAUUUGGAACAAAAUUAAAUCAUUAAAUUUUAAAAUCCUUUGUGGGUAUUCAUGGUUGUUUUGAAGCAAAGAAAAUGCGUCCUUGAAAUUUCCUUUUUUUGAAGCGCGGACGCAGGCUGCGAAAUGUUCCUAAUUUGUUAAAUAUACCAAACCCAUUUCAAUUUUAUAUAACGUCAACAAAGGGUAAUUAUAAUAUGAAUUUAAAAAGUUAAAUUACAGUUUUAAGCUGACUUUUCAACAAAAAAAAAUUAAAGACUAAAAUCGCACUUUUUUGCGAUACUAUUAUGUUUAAUGUUAAACUAGACUUACCCUUAUAUCAUCGAAUAGAAUGCCGUUUAAUGUCGUUUGUGAUAUAAAUAUUAUCUUUUUUAACAACUACAACGUUAAAAAAUGUAAAAAAGUUAAUAUUAUACUUUUAGAACCACUUGAAGUUAGCUUAUUUCAAAUUGAAAACUUUAAAAAUGUACAAAAUACCGUAUUUUCGUACUUAAUUGUACAUAACUUUAAACGUGACCAUCCAAUUGUAACCAAACUUAAAAUACAUAAACUAGGAAGAAAUUGCUUACAUAUAAAUGUAAAAAAUUAAAAAUCGAAUCGUCGGAACGUAGUCGUUUAUUGCAUUAUACUGCGGCGCCUCCUAUAAAUCGGCUCGAAUAGUAUUUUUGUACUUAAUUGUACAUAACUUUAAACGUGACCAUCCAAUUGUAACCAAACUUGAAAUAUAUGAACUAAGAAGAAAUAGCUUACAUAUAAACAAAAAAAAUUAAAAAUCGAAUGGUCGGAACGUAGUCGUUUAAUGCAUUAUACUGCGGCGCCUCCUAUAAAUCGGCUCGAAUAGUAUUUUUGUACUUAAAGGACCAGUUCGCCCAUUCAAAUAUCAUUGGCAAUCUGUCGCAAAAAUUCGACGUUCAUUUUUUUGGCAAAAAAUCUGAGCAGGUCUGUCCCAAAUUGGAAAAUUCAUUUCAACACCGACCCACUCACGUUUUUUGAGAAAAAUGAUUUUGAUUGAAAUUGCCUGAUUUUCGACGCUUUUUGCGACAGAAUGCCAAUGAUAUUUGAAUGGGCGAACUGGUCCUUUAAUCGUACAUAACUUUAAUUUACAGGGAACUUGUAAAUUAAGUUUAUAAAGCUAAUAACAAGUGAAAUUAACUGCUCUAUAUCUACCCGGCUUCACCCCUGAUUUUUUUAGCCCUACCCAAUCUCACUCUCACCUAUUUUAGCUCUACCCGAUCUCACCCUUGACCCUUUGCCAUACCCGACCUCGUCCCUGACCUUUUCAGCCCUACCCAACCCUACUUCUGACCUUUUUAGCUUUAUCCAAGUCUACCUCACCUUACCCUACUAUACUAUACCAUACCAUAACUUAUCCUAUCUACCAUACCAAACCCUACAAUACCCCACCAGAUUAUAACAUACCAUACUUUAUUAUAGCCUACUAUGCCAUAUGACUAUAUUAUACCAUUUACUUGCUUUAUUUACCUACUCUACCCUACCCAUGGGUAGCACACAGUAGUGUUGUAUAAGAUUGGGUAAGGUAAGAUAUGAUACAGCAUGCUAUGGUAGGAUAUGGUAUUGUAUGGUAGGGUAUUGUAGCGUUUGGUAUGAUAGAUAGGAUAGGGUAUGGUAGGGUAUGGCAUGUUAGGUACAAUAUGGUACGGUAGGAUCGGGCAGGGCUAAAGGGUCAGAGGGUAGGGUUGGAUAAAGCUAUAAAGGUCAGGGGUUGAGUAGGGCUAAUAGGGUUAGGGAUGAGGUCGGGUAAAGCUAAAAUUUUCAAAAGUGAAGUGGAGUAGGUAACACUACUUGUUAGAAAAUCAAUAAUUUUAAACUGGUUUUUAUUUUUUUUUCAAAAAAAUGAAAAAAAAAUUUUCACCGCGCAUUUACAGGGCAUUACCGGGCACGAAGCAAGCCCUGCCCGGCCCUGUAACUGAUCGCGAAAAUGGCCCUACGUCCAAGCCUGACCCUGCAUCCUUCGUUUAACAGACGAAUGCUCUACCUAUUAAGCUACCGGGGCUCCUUCUUUCAAAGCCUUAAUCUCGAUCAGUUUUUAUCUAUCCCAGAUGCUAUUGUUUUAUCCGAAUAUUUAAUCGGAAUAUUCGACAAUAACUUGUGUAGCAAAAUUUACGUAUUUAUUUAAUUUAUAAGAAACAUUCUUUUUAUCGGGUCAAUUGUUUCUGUCUGCUGUUUUUCUCUCGUAUAAGCUACUUUCGCAAACUGCGUUGAAAUCUUUUCGGAGACCUCGAAAGGACGCGAUGGAACAACCGUGUAUUGUAAUACUUUACAAAAAAUUGUUUUCUGAGGCCGUGCCUCGCGCCCACAACAAAAUUUCCUUGUUUUCCGCAGGCUGCAAGGCUAUUUUUGUUUUUUUUUGCGUAUUUCUGUAGCUUGAUCGGGGUAUAAUCUAUUGUAACAUCUUUUUUAUAUUUGUGAUAAUAACAGCUGUGUUUCAGAAGCUACAAUGUAUGAGGAUAAAGUUCUUGGGAGAUUGCUAUUAUUGUGUCAGUGGAAUGCCAGUUAAUCGACCAAAUCACGCUGAUAUGAGUGUUUUGAUGGGUUUGGAGAUGAUAAAAACUAUAAAGUAAGUGCUUUUAAUAUAAUUAUAUAUUUUAAUGGCUUUCUAGUAAUAUAUUUCAGUAGUUUUGGUUCAAAAAGUUUAAAUAGGUAUUGAUAAACUGGAAAUAUUACGGUCUAUUUGUAGACAAGUUCGAGUGGCUACUGGAGUCAACGUAGACAUGCGAAUAGGAGUACAUACAGGCUCAGUACUAUGUGGUAUCUUGGGUCUGAAGAAGUGGCAGUUUGACAUCUGGUCGGACGACGUUACCUUUGCCAAUCAGAUGGAGACAGCUGGUAUGCCUGGUCGAGUUCAUAUCACUAAAAAGACAAAAGAUAUGCUGAUUGGAGACUAUAGGAUUGUGGAAGCAAAGUAAGUGCCUAAUUUUACUGAUUAAUGUGGUUUGUAGUUCUGAAGAUGCGACGAUAAAACAAUAUGGUCAACCCACGUAUCAUAUUCUGCCUGAUAAGACAACUUUGCACGAACGAACAGCUUCUAUCUACAGGAACAAGUAAGACAUUGUUAUGGCUUAUUUAUACGUUUAUAUUAUUGCCUUAAUAAUAAUUUUUUAGAUUUAAAAAGUCAGGUAUGGACUUUGGAGAGAAUUUAGGAGUAACGAGGAAUGCUUCUAAUCGAGUGUCAGUUAAGGCCAAGAUGUCGAAAAUGGCUGAAUUUUGGGGCGCUGAAACACCGUUUGCCAAUCUGGGCAGAGAAACUGAAAAGUUUGAGAAUGGGGUAAGUGUAAAAUACGUCGACCUUAGUUAAGUUAUUGAUCUUCAGGACUAAUUAUGUUGCUUAAAUUUAAAGCUUAAGUUUUAUAGGUUUAAAAUUAUUAGGUGGUUCAUAUAAUUAUGUGCCCCAAACCCCGACAAUGUGCUUUGAGGGCACAGAAUUAUUUGAACAACCUAUUGAAACACAUUUUAAAUGUAGGUUAUUGUGGUAUGACAUUAAUCGAGCUUUUUGUAGAACACACGACGAGCCAACUACGGAAACACGAUCCAAAGUAUGACGCUGAUAGAGAACAACUUGAAUAACAUCAAUAAUACAAGGUAGGAGUAAAAGUACAUCUAAACUGUGGUUUUAGUCUGAAGAGUAUGUUCAACUGUACGACUGGUGCUUACAAGAUCUCAAAGUUUUUAUUGUUUCCGUUUUGGUAAGUAAAUUACACUAAAUUUUAUUUUUUAAUUGAAAGCUUUUUUGUAAUGUAAAAUGCGUUCUUCGAUACGUAUAUAUUAUGAAAAAUAAAAUUUUUAGGCGCUUUCCAACAUCACUACAUCUCUCUGAAUGUCGUAUCUUAUUUCUAUUAUCAAUUCCAAUAUCGAUUGCCAAUUACUUUUUGGUUUUGUGCAAUGUUCCGUAAGUUAUGUUCAAUUUACUGUAGGUUUCUUAUAUUUAUAUGUAGUAGGAAGUUACUCUAGGGUUCAUGGAAAUGUAUGUGCUGUAAUUUCAAAGACUUCAGACUCUAAUUUCAAAUUUUUUUCAGUUAUUUUCUUCAGUAUAACUCGUUAACCUUAACCCAUUUUUAAAAUGUAAUUUUAGAUAUAAAGUGCAGCACGUUUUGAACUAUCAGAUAUUAUUGUGCAUGGUACUAUUGUUCUUAGUAUGUUUAAUUGAAAAAUUUUGGAGAACGGGUAAAAUAUUUUUAAUUUUGGUAAGCUACGCGGCUUCGGUGUUCUUGGCCAUAGGACAGCAUGUAAGUAUUUCUACAUUUUGUUGUAAAUGUUUAGGUUUUUGUUUACUGUAUUAUCCGCAUAGUAAUUAUAUUAUGAUAUGUUAUGCUUUAGGCUGUUUUGUCAUUUUUGUCUGUUGUGCAAUCUCAUGUUCCAGUAUUUGCCAUUAUAUGGUUACCUUGUAAGUUAAACCUUAUUUUACAAAAUAAAUUUUAAUUUUUGUAUUAUAUACAUAUUACAUUGUUAGCUAUUAGUUUGCUCGUUACUAAUGAAAGGGAUAUAAAAUUUAUAGACCUUUUAUAACAGUUUAAUGAUAUGUAAUUUCAGCCAGUAUAUGUCAUAUGUGUGUUAUAUUCGGCCUGUAUCGACUACCAUAUCCUUUCCGCUGUUUCUUAGCAUCAGUCGAUUGCGCAUUAUUCUUAUUGGUACUGACCUUGUUCUCAACAUCGAAUGUGUCAGAAUCAGCACCGAUUAUCAGUUGUCAACUCACUAUCAUAUUGGUUAACAUCAUCGCACUGUUUCUGUUGUUACUGUUUGUUGCAUGGAUUGUAAGUUACAUUAAUAAUAGGUGUAGCAUAUUCAUUAUUUUAAUAUUGUAAUAGUGUUUUGUUAGGUACUAGGUUGUUCAAUUAGUUCUGGACCUUCUUUCAAAGCAAAUUGUGGUUAGGGGGCGCAGGAUUAUUUGAACAACUAUAAUGUUUUUUAUCAUAAAAAUAGUCGUUUUUCGUUUAACAUUAAUUUUCAGACGGAAUACGAAAGAAAAGUGGAAGCUGCAUGUAAUGUGGCCUUCAAAAACGAGGAGAAAGAUGUCCAAACAAUGCAGGACAUCAACAAUCUUCUUAUCGAAAACAUCUUGCCAAGGAGUGUGGCCGCCAAGUUCUUGGCGCCUGACAGAAACACUGAUGUAAGUAAUGGAACGUUAAAUCACAUUUUUAAAUAAAAUUUACAGUUUAUAAGGUUAAGACUUUGUUUUAAAAACUGUUGGACUGGGCUCUUUCUUUUGUUUCUUGCUUUAGGCUUUUCUUGAUCAAAUUUUGCAUUUGUCAUAGAUAAUAAAAGAAUUAUUGAACUGUUAUUGUCAUAGUAGCGGAUAUAAAUUAACUCGAGUAUUGAACUUUUAUUUUAGGAAUUAUACGCGAGAGAUCACAACUAUGUAUGCGUAAUGUUCGCCAGUAUCCCUAACUUCAAAGAGUACUGGAGUGAGUGCGAUUCGAACAGAAAGUUGGAAUGCUUGAGGGUUUUGAACGAGAUAACUUGUGAAUUCGAUAAGGUAAGAUAAGUUGCUAUUUGGUUAUGAAAAAGAUAAGUUUUUACAUAUAGUAACAUAUAAGAACUAACGAUUGCUGUCAAAAUUAUUUUAGUGAAACAUCAUAAUUAUCAUAUAUUUUAGCUACUAUCCAAACCCAAGUUCUCAUGCAUAGACAAGAUCAAGACAGUAGCGUCCACUUAUAUGGCUGGUGCCGGACUGAGUGAUCACGAGACUGAUGACAAAGGGCAUCGAUCAGCCACUGUAAUGAUAGAGUUUGCGAUGGCGAUGCAUCAAUGUCUCGAACUUCUGAAUGCUGAUGCCUUCCAGACAUUUGAGUUGAGGAUUGGAAUGUCAUUGGGACCAUUAGUGGCUGGUGUUAUUGGAGCACAGAAGCCACAGUACGACAUCUGGGGGAAUACGGUAAACAUGGCGAGUAGGAUGGAUUCGCAUGGAGUUGUGAGGCAUAUUCAUGUAGGUUUAAGGCUUUUUUGGGGGAUUAGAUAUUGUAGGGGAUCAAAGUCUUGUGCAAAACGAGGGAAAAUUUAGAACUUAAAACGAGUGUCUGUUUGCUUGUAGAUGACUGGUGAAAUGGCAGCAGCACUACCUAAGAACCAAUACCGAGUACAAAGUAGAGGACUGAUACGAGUCAAAGGUGUAAAACAUGAAAUGGAGACUUUUUUGUUACCUCUGGCGACCAAAAGGAAUAGUGGUUUUACCGGUACUACUAUCAAUCAGCCGCUUUUAAAGUUUUAG